UAAAAACUCUCUUACUCUGUCACUCUCCCAAAACAAAAAAAAAAAGCCUCUUCCUUUCUGGUUUAGAAAGGAAGAGAAAUAAACAGAUAGAAGAGAAAGUUCUGUUCUUUAAUCGCUUUGCCAUCUAAUUCUUUUGCUUCAAUGGCAGAAACAAAGAAGUACAUUACAAAAGAAGAUCUUGAAAAGCACAAUAACCCUGGAGAUCUCUGGAUCUCAAUACAAGGCAAGAUCUACAAUGUUACUGAUUGGAGCAAAGACCAUCCUGGUGGUGUGUCGCCCUUGCUUCAUCUUGCUGGCCAAGAUGUUACUGAUGCUUUUGUUGCUUACCAUCCUGGCACUGCUUGGCAAUAUCUUGACAAAUUCUUUACUGGCUAUCAUCUUAAAGACUAUUCUGUUUCUGAGACAUCAAAAGAUUACAGAAGAUUAGUUGCUGAAUUCUCAAAAUUGGGUCUUUUUGAAAAGAAAGGGCACAUUGCGUUUAUUACUCUUGUCUCUAUGGUAAUGCUACUUGCUUUGAGUGUUUAUGGAGUUCUUUGCUCUAAUAGUACAUGGGUGCAUCUUAUUUCUGGUGGCUUAAUGGGGUUUAUGUGGAUACAAAGUGGGUGGAUAGGUCAUGAUUCUGGCCAUUAUCAGGUUAUGAUGAGCCGUCGAUUCAAUCGUUUGGCGCAGAUCUUAUCUGGAAAUUGUCUUGCAGGAAUCAGUAUUGCCUGGUGGAAAUGGAACCAUAACACCCAUCACAUUGCUUGUAAUAGUCUUGAUUUUGAUCCAGAUCUGCAGCAUAUGCCUUUCUUUGCGGUAUCCUCAAAAUUUUUCAGUUCAAUUACAUCUUAUUUUUAUGAAAGGAAGAUGAAUUUUGAUUGUGCUGCAAGAUUCUUGGUUAGUUAUCAGCAUUUGACGUUUUACCCUGUGAUGUGUUUUGCUAGGAUUAAUUUGUUUGCUCAAUCUAUAUCUCUCCUGUUAUCUAAGAGAAGGGUGGCUAAUAGGGGUCAAGAGAUUCUUGGAGUACUUGUGUUCUGGAUUUGGUAUCCUUUCCUUGUUUCUUGCUUACCCAAUUGGGGAGAGAGAGUGAUGUUUGUUGUUGCAAGUUUCUCGGUUACUGGAAUUCAGCAUGUUCAGUUCUGUUUGAAUCAUUUCUCGUCCAGUGUUUAUCUUGGCCUCCUAGCAAAUGAUUGGUUUGAGAACCAAACAAAGGGGACACUUAAUAUAACUUGCUCAUCUUGGAUGGAUUGGUUUCAUGGUGGAUUGCAGUUUCAGAUUGAGCACCAUUUGUUUCCUCGUUUGCCUCGAGUCCUCAGAAAAGUCUCACCGUUUGUCAGGGAGUUAUGCAAGAAGCACAAUUUGCCUUAUGAUAGUGCAUCAUUCUGGAACGCUAAUGAACUGACAUUUAAGACUCUUCGUGCUGCAGCCUUGCAGGCUAGGGAUCUUUCUAAUCCAAUUCCAAAGAAUUUAGUUUGGGAAGCUGUUAAUACUCAUGGAUGAGAUGUGAAUCCUAUGAAGCUUUCUGAGGUUUUGCUGCCCAAGUUAUUAUCCCUAUUCAACAUCCUGCUAUGCUCUUAGGUAUUUAUAACUUGAUUCUACUGAUGUCUGAGGGUUGUUAUCCUCGAUUUCAGUGGAAGAAUAAUUAUCUGGCGUUCCUUGGAGGCUUCAAUUGUUUGUUAUUUGAGGUUCUUGUCAUGAGAUUGAUACACUUAGUUCUUGGAUUAGGUUAAAGAUGAUUCGUACUGAUUAUCUGCAAGCUGAUGUAGUUCUUUCUCGUCUCAUCUCUUCUCAACUCUACAUCAAAGGGAUUAGUGGAAUGUGAAGUAGUAUAUUUCUAUUUAGUUCUUGCUUUA